AUGAGCCAAUCUAAUAACACUAAGCAGACUGCUGAUAAUAAUAAUACCGAUGAUAUCCCAAAGACAGUAGAGAUCCAUCGGGCAGGUAAAACUAAGAUCAUAUCACUGGAACAACUACGUAAACCUCAUGCCAUCACUUCGAGUCCAGAGUUUCUAAAAAACAACCCCAUAAGGCAUGAGCAAGGCAACAAUAAUGACAAUGCUGGGGGUCUGUUACAAACUGGUAACCAUAGGCCUACAUCCGAUAAGAAAUGA